AUGAAGUCGAGACGAACCUACGGCCUGUUCCUGGGUGUCGUCUUCAUAUUGGGCUUAUUGUCCCUCAGAUCGGCCGAGUUCCAAAGUCUUAGGGAGGACUGGCUGAAUACUGCAAAACUGGCUGGGAAAUUGCGAGAGAAAGGUCUCAAAUUAUCGGCAGAUACGUUGUUCAAUACCCAUACGGCUGGGCAUUAUUGUGUCAAACCAAACGUUACGUCCAAGGAACAUGCUCUCGAUCGACCCCAAAGGAUUCGGACCGAAGAAAUCCAGACAUACAUCAAUGCGAUCGUCAACCCCGGCGACAACUCCACCUUUAAUCAGCUUCAGUGUCCCCACACCAUCGGAUCGCGAUAUGAUAUACUCCUCGUACCGGACUACACACGUAAUGGGAAGAAGCGAUACUUCUUUGCACUGGAUCUUUACCAAGCCAUUGGCGUUUUACCCCGACUCAUGGGUAGCAUUAUCGAAGCAAUGGUUUUCCUUGGGCCAGAAUACUGCGUCUUAUCAAUCGUUGAGGGCCGUUCAGACGACGGCACAUGGGACAUCCUUAAUGCGCUGAAAUAUUCUGUCGAAAAGCUUGGAGCGGAGUUCCAUCUCGAAGUGGAUGGGGCAAAUCCCAAAGCGAAAGGCGUGGACCGAAUUGAGGCACUGUCAAGGCUACGAAAUAUGGCGCUGGCGCCACUUAUGUGUGGAUCCAGGGCAGAGCGCAAACAAUAUGCCAAAGACUCCAUCAUUAUCUUCAUAAAUGACGUUGCAUUGUGCCCGGAAGAUAUCCUUGAGCUACUGUUUCAGCACGUUACCCAGUCGGCUCACAUGACGUGUGCCUUUGACUGGCAGGACAGUGGUAAUUGCUUCUACGAUAGCUGGGUCUCUCGCUCUCUGGCGGGUAAUACCUUCUUCGAUAUUCCUCGGGACAAGUGGGACUACAAAGACUUCCUUUUCUUCGACGAUCCACCGAGCAAGAAGCGCUAUGAGGCCUUUCUUCCGUUGCAGGUUUACUCCUGCUGGGGAGGGAUGGCCACCAUUGAUGCGGCACCGUUCCUGCAGAGAAAGCUCAAGUUCAGGGCUUCCGAAGAGGACGAGUGCUAUGCUGGGGAGCCGGCAUUAUUGGCAAAGGACUUGUGGCGCAUGGGCAUGGGCAAGAUUAUGGCGGUGCCGACGGUCAAUGUUGCGUACAGCGAUUACGAGGCCAGGGGCACCAAGGCAGUUCGGGGCUAUGUGGCCGACCAUGUCAACGCAACGGUGGCUGCUUCAGGAGAUGAGUUGAUUCCAUGGCAGACUGAACCUCCUGGUAUGGUCAAGUGCCUGCCUGAUUUCAGUAAGCCUUCAUGGACCAAGCCAAUAUAG